UGGGAAGAUAUUUUUUGGGGGUGUGGGCACAACCUACCAUGGCCACAUCUGGCAGGAUCAGUUUUACAGUGAGGAGCAUUUUGGAUUUACCAGAGCAGGAUGCGCAUAGCAUAAAGCAAGCCUCCGACCACCACCACUCAGCGGAGAACUACACCGGCUCGCCGUACCGAGGGUGGAUAGAAACAGACAGAAAUCAUUAUCCCUCCUCCGACGAGAGCGGCCCGGAGCUGAGCCUGCCCGACUCCACCCAAAGGCCGCUCCCCGCCCGCGGCUCGGAGGCCGAGAAGAAGAAGAAGCGGCGGGUGCUCUUCUCCAAGGCGCAGACGCUGGAGCUGGAGCGGCGGUUCCGGCAGCAGCGCUACCUCUCGGCGCCGGAGCGGGAGCAGCUGGCCCGCCUGCUCAGCCUCACUCCCACCCAGGUGAAGAUCUGGUUCCAAAACCACCGCUACAAGAUGAAGCGGGCGCGCAGCGAGGGGCCCGGCAGCCCUCCGCCGCCGCGCCCGCCCGCCCUGCUGCGCCGGCUCCUGGUGCCGGUGCCGGUGCUGGUGCGGGACGGGGAGCCGUGCCGGGGCUGCCCCGCCAGCCCCCCGCCGCCUGCCGCCCGUCCCAAGCUGGGCUGCGCCCUGGCGGGCUGCAGCGCCCAGGCCGCCCUCGCCGUCCAGGGCUACCAAGCCUGCCCGCCCGCCCUGGGCGUCUUCCCCGCGUACCAGCACUUAGCGCACCCCGCCGUCGUCUCCUGGAGCUGGUGACAGCGGCGCCUCGCCCUCCGGGCCGGACUCAUCCCGAGGGCGCCUGGGCUGCCUGCCCCGCCGCCGGCUCGCCCGGGGGCACGGGGACCGGGCACGGCGUUUGUAAAACCUCUGCUCCCCCUGUUUCUUUCUGAGAGGGUUCCCUGUUAAAAAAACAAUGAUAAUGAUCCUAGCGACCUAGUUUAUUCGCAGAUAGCGUAUUCUUCCGGUGACUAAUAAAAUGAUUUGGGGCGAAAUAUUUUUAUUUUUACUUUUUUCCCGGCGGAGAAGUGUAUUUUUGACGAUUAGGGCUUUCGCUUUGGAUUACCUCUUGCGCCGUAAAAGCUGACAUGCUUUUCUUGCCAGCGGAAUCUCACCCACGAUUUCCUCUAUUUUACCCACAUAAGGCAACAAAGGGCGAAAAAAGUUUGGGGCGAGCACCCCACGGUACUGCAGGUGCCGUUUGCGAUGCGAAGCGUGGGUCCGGGCCCGGGGCCGCUGGCUCCGGCAGAGCAGCAGCUUCUUGCUGUCUUUUUCAGAGCCUCUAAGGCCAGGAGUAAGCGAAUUUUCCCUUUGGUCCGCAUCUGUUGCGAAGAUCGGCUGGGGAAGGAUGGCCAAUAGAAAAUAGUGAAGACUUUU